CGUCCGCUCCACCGUUCCAGCCUUCGUGGCGGUCCGGGAUAGCUUCCGGUUCCUGCGCCGUCCUGAUUCCCCAUCUCUGCGCACGAGCGCCGCGGUGAGCGAGCUGCUGCUCCCGGCUGGCGGGAGGGCCUGGGUGGCGGCCUGGACUGCGAUCUUAAAAAGAUGGCUGGAGCUGGGGGGGAAGGCCACCCGGAGCGCAGUGUGGCCGCCUGGGGCCCAGAGCCGGCGGGGACCUAGGAGCGCUGCAGACCUAGAUUUACAGUCAGAGAGCUGGAGGGCAGAAGGACAGAAUCACCUCUAACCUUUAACCUUUAUGAUUGAUUAAGUCCCGGCAAAAGCCAAUUCUAUGUAUAUGAUUUUAUUCCACUAGGCAUGAGGUAUUGUGAAAAAUUUCAAAAGCAGAAAGUCGUGGUAAGUGUCUACUCCUCGACUGGUUCACCUAUUUUUGUGAUACUGGUAUUGAACCUCUCGCAUGGUAGGCAGCACUUACUCUUCCCCAAUGGCAUCUACUCUUCUGAAGUUUUUAUUUCAGUUAGUUGUGUUUUACUUUGGGAAUAAAUGGAGAUAAGUUUCUUACCUUACUCCCAGAAGUCCUGAAACAGCUUGGCACCCUUUCCACUUUUGUCUAUUUUUGUUAAAGUACUUAUAUUUCUACCGAGAACAGGAAAUUUAACUGGAGGGCAGGCUUUCAACUAUCACACUUAAAUUCUUAAAAUAUGCAGUAUUUACUUAUGACAGUUUAUGUUAAUAAUGAUGGCUUAUUCCUUAGGUUCACUCCAUAAAGGAGUUAUUACUUGAGACACUUGUAAAUCUUUUGUAUAAGCUAUGAUGGCAUCUACUGGUGAUAAGGAGAUCUGUAAGAACCAGGAUGGAGUUUUGAAAAUAAAUAUGGAGGAAGAGUGUAAGUAUAGCACCAGACAAGAUUGGAGCUUACAAAAGAACACUUACAACAGAGAAGUCUUCCGGAAGUGCUUCCGACAGUUUUGCUACCAGGAAACAUCUGGACCCCGGGAGGCUUUGAGCCGACUCCGAGAACUUUGCUGUCAGUGGCUGAGACCCGAGACCCACACCAAAGAACAGAUCCUGGAGUUGCUUGUGCUGGAGCAGUUCUUGACCAUCCUGCCUAGGGAGCUACAGGCUUGGGUGCAGGAGCAGAACCUGGAGAAUGGGGAGGAAGUAGUGACUGUGCUGGAGGAUUUAGAGAGAGAGCUUGAUGAACUAGGAUACCGGGCUCCAAUACAAACUGAAGAACAGAAAAUAUUUUUGCAGGAGCUGAAGCCUUUAGGGGCAGAGCUAGAACCCAGUGCGUCCCUUGGGCUUGUGAAAGCCAAGCCGAGGUGUGAAGCUGCAGAAUGUGAAGCCCGAGAGGAGCAAGUUUCAGGUGUGGAGACUGGAAAUGAGUCCAGGAAUGUAACUCUAAAGCAAGACCUUUGGGAAGGAACGGAAGUGGAACAGAAUACUUCAAGCAGAUUAGCAAAAGAGGCACUGCAGUGUGAGAAAACCCAUGACCUUGGAGAAGAGCCUUCUCGAGCUCCUAGUAAUAAAAAUGGGGUACAUUUGCCUGGGAACUCAGACCAUGCUGAACACCAGAACAUCUGUCCAGGGCGGAAACUGCAUAGAUGUGAUGACUGUGGAAAAUCUUUCAGUCAGCACUCACGCCUCACAGAACAUAAAAGGGUCCACACUGGAGACCGGCCCUACAAAUGUCAAGAAUGUGGGAAAACUUUCCGAUGGAGGACUGUGCUUGCUCGGCACAAGGUGGUCCACACUGGAGAGAAACCAUACAAGUGUAAUGAAUGUGGCAGGGCCUUUGGCCAGUGGUCAGCUCUUAACCAACAUCAGAGACUUCACUCAGGAGAAAAGCACUACCACUGUAAUGAAUGUGGCAAGGCCUUUUGCCAGAAAGCAGGCCUCUUUCACCAUCUCAAGAGCCACAAAAGAAAUAGACCCUAUUAGUGUCUUCAGUGUAAAAAAGUUUUAUUGCCAUUUCACACUGGUGCAAAACCCUGUGAGUGCAAUGAGUGUGGGAAAGCUUUUGUUUUUAACUCAUCUCUUGUUGCCCAUCAGGAAACACACCACAAGGAGAAACCCUUCACUCAAAGUGGUCUUACUCAGCAUCAGAGAAACCUCACCAGGGAGAGGAAGCCUUACGUGUGUGAUAUCUGAGGGAAAGCUUUUGUUCACAACUGAAGUCUUACAGAACAUGAGCAAAUUCAUACUGGAGAGAGAGUCUAUAAAUGUGCUGAGUGUGGGAAGGCCUUUACUCAAAGGUCAGUCCUCACGAAACAUCAGGGAACGCACGCUGGGCUGAAACCCCACAAAUGUGAUGAGUGUAAGAAUGCCUUCCCAGGAAGCACUGGCUUCAUUCAGCAUCAGGGGUCCACACUGGGGAGAACCCUACAAAUGUGAGACCGUGGCAAGACCUUCAGACGGAGGAUUCGUAACAGAAGUGGCCCCUGUAAGUGUAAGGAGUGUGGGAAAUUGUUGGGGCAGACUCAACUCCUGUUCACCAUCAGACUACUCACAAAGGAGCAAAAACUGUUUCUGUGUGCUGACUACAGGGAGGCCAUCUCACGGAGUGCAGGACGAUGAGAGAUGUUUGUAAUGCUUUGUGGUAACACUUCAGCUGUCGGUACUAUUAGAAGACCAUAAAUGUCUGAUGAGCACCCACUGUGUACUGUUCAUUGUAUCGGGGCAAUGAAGGAAAGAGUCUAUUACCAGCCUGGGAUGUGAACAUCUGCCAUAGUUAAUUGAAAAGACUAGUUAAAAAGAAGGACAGUGGAAUUGAUGCUCAGGGUGUUUAGAGUUAAAAUAGGAGAGAGUAAGUAUUAUAAAUUCUGAAGAACAGAUUAUUUGUACACCUGGUCAGGGAAGAGUUCCUGAAAGAUUAUUGAAAAUAAGAGUAUGAUGGAUAGAUUUGGAAGGCAGAAGGGAGAAACACAUGUAGGUAAAACAGGUGAGCAGAAGCAAGAACGUGGGAAGUUUGGAAACGUCAGUGAGGUAACUAGCCAUCCUGCUAGAGAGUUAAGUGCUCGACUGGUGGGUAUUAGUUGGAAGUAGCUUGGGGCUCGAGCAGGAGAGCUGUAAUGCCAGCCAUGCUCACCAGCACUGGUAGUGCUUCGCCACCUCUCAUCUGUCUCUAAAACACCUCUAAGUAUA